AUGAGCUCCACGACCACGCAUUCUGAGCCGAGCAGCUCGGUGCUGCACCGCGAUCUCCACACGGUGCCGAAACGAGCUGUGGGAGGAGAGGGAAACUAUGUCAUUCUCGACGACGGGCAGAGGCUCUUGGACUCUACCGGAGGUGCUGCCGUGAGCUGUCUCGGCCACGGCAACGAGCAGGUGAAGCAGGCUGUUAAGCGGCAAAUCGACCAGCUGUCCUACUGUCACAGUCUAUUCUUCGCAACAGAUGUCUUUGAAGAGCUGGCGGCAUUCCUGACGGAUUCGACAGGCGGCAAGAUGCCCAAGGUGUUUAUCGUCAGCUCCGGCUCCGAAGCCAUGGAAGCUGCCAUGAAACUGGCACGUCAAUACUUCCUCGAGCUUCACGCUCCCCAACCGCAGCGAACCAGAUUCAUUGCCCGUCAGAACUCUUUCCAUGGAGUCACGCUAGGCUCGUUGUCCAUGGGAGGCCAUGUUUUCCGUCGAGAGUUGUUCGAGCCACUUCUCCUCCAAAACGUCUCUCACGUCUCGCCCUGUAAUGCUUACAGGGGGAAGAAGGAGAACGAGUCGGACGAAGAUUACGUCGCAAGACUUGCAGCUGAAUUAGAUGCCGAGUUUCAGAGAGUCGGCCCAGAAACCGUGUGUGCCUUUGUUGCGGAGCCCGUUGUUGGUGCGGCCCUGGGCUGUGUCCCUUCUGUCCCGGGUUAUUUCCCUGCCAUGAAGGCGGUAUGUGACAAAUAUGGUGCGCUUCUCAUCAUGGAUGAGGUGAUGUCGGGAAUGGGCCGGUCAGGCACUCUUCACGCCUGGGAACAGGAAGGCGUUGUGCCUGACAUCCAAACCGUGGGCAAAGGGCUUGGUGGCGGCUACGCUCCCGUCUCUGGCGUGCUGAUUGGAAACAGGGUUGUUGAUGUCUUGGAUAAAGGGACUGGAGCAUUCCGGCACGGUCAGACAUAUCAGGGCCAUCCACUCGGUUGCGCAGCCGCGCUGGCGGUGCAGAAGGUUAUCAAAGAGCAGAAUCUACUUCAAAAUGUGAGAACGAUGGGUGCAUUACUCGAGUCAAAAUUGAAAGAAUAUAUUGGUGACCAUCCCAACGUGGGCAAUAUCAGAGGCAAAGGCUUGUUUUGGGGGAUUGAAUUCGUCAAGGACAAAGCCACAAAAGAACCUUUCGAUCCUCAGCUUGCUGUUGGUGUUCGGGUUCAGAACACCGCCCUAACACCCAAAUACAGCUUCUCCAUCUACGCCGGUGGUGGCACCAUGGACGGAAAACGGGGCGAUCAUGUUCUUCUCGCUCCAGCCUAUAAUGUCACGGAAAACGAUAUUGAAACAAUAUCACGGUUGACAGCCGCAGUCAUCCAAGACGUGUUCCAAGAUAUUAAUGCCUGA